GACCUUGGGAGGGACCUGGGGGUCUGCACAGGGAGGGGGUGCUGGGGGCCCUCGGGGUGGGGAUGGGGUGGGACGUGUGCCCUCCGCCCCAGGUGGGAAACCCACCGUGGCUCAACCCUUGCCCGGAGCAGAAGGAGCCCCAGGAUCAGCCGGGGCUGAGCCGGAGCUGAGGGACCCUCGGGACCCCCCGGUCUGCAGCAUGGCGCAGUGGCAGGAGGUGCAGGGCCUGGCCAACACAUACCUGGAGCAGGUGCACCAGUUGUACGCGGGCUCGGAGCUGCCCAUGGCCGUGCGCCAGUGCUUGGCCGCCUGGAUCGAGGACCAGAACUGGCGCCAGGCGGCCGAGCCGCUCUCAUCCCAUGCCCGGAUACUCUUCCAAUCCUUGCUGAUGCUCCUUUUGGAUCAGCUGGGCAGCCUGGGCACGAGCCACGAGGAUUUCAUGCUGAAGCACAACCUGCGCAAGGCCCACCGGGAGCUCCAGGCCGAGUUCGAGGAGAAUCCAGAGAAAUUCGCCAACCUGGUGGCCAACCUGCUGCAGGAGGAGCAGCGGAUCCUGCGCCUGGGGCAGGCGGGCGGGCAGGGGGGGUCAGUCCCGGCGCCCACCACGGCCCCGGAGAGCGGCCGGGAGCAGCAGAUCCGGCGGCGCUUGGCCGAGUUCCACACGGCCCUGCAGGAGGCCGAACGUGCCUUCCGGCACCUGGAGGACCUGCAGGACGCCUUUGACUUCUGCUACAAGGUGCACUACCGGCCAGGUGAGGACAGGAGCAGGGACCCCCAGUACGCCCGGCAGCUCCAAGCCCUCCAGGCCAAGCUGCAGAACCUGGACCAGCAGCGGCGGGAGGUGCUGGCUCAGAUGCAGCAGCUCUUGGGGCGCAGCGAGACCCUGCGGGGGCUGCUGCAGCAGGAGUUGGGGGACUGGCGGGAGCGGCAGCAGCGCUCGUGCCUGGGGGCCCCCGCCGACACCCACCUGCGCCCACUGGAGACCUGGUUCACGGAGCUGGGCCAGGGGCUGUUCCAGCUGCGGAAGCUGCUCCGGGCACUGGGUGACCUGCAGCAGAAGGUGACCUACGAGAGGGACCCGCUGGCAGCAGAGACCCCCCUCCUGGAGCAGCGGCUGCAGGAGCAGCUCACACACCUGCUGAAGAGCGCCUUCGUGGUGGAGCAGCAGCCCAGCACCCCCAACCCCUUCAAGCGGCCGCUCGUGCUCCGGACCAACAGCAAGUUCUCUGCCCGCGCCCGCCUGCUCGUGCGGCUGCACGACCGCAACCACCGCAUGGAGGCCGCGAUCCACAUCGACAGGGACCCCCCCAAGGUCAAAGGGUUCCGCAAGUUCAACAUCCUGACGUCGAGCAGCAAAACGCUCCUGGCCGGGGACAGUCCCCAGGAGGGGCUGGUCUGCGACUUCCAGUACCUCACACUGAAGGAGCAGAAGGACAGCAGGUCUGGCAAGGGCAGCAAAGGUGCCAGCGAGAGUCCCCUGGUUGUGACAGAGGAGCUGCACCUCAUCACCUUCACGCUGGCUUACGCCUACUGUGGGCUGGAGCUGGAGCUGAAGACCUCCACGCUGCCCUUCGUCAUCAUCUCCAACAACAACCAGUUCUCCAGUGCCUGGGCCUCCAUCCUCUGGUUCAACAUGCUCAGCUCUGACCCCGAGGCCCAGCAGUUUUUCUCGGCGCCGCCCUCAGCGCCGUGGCCCCGUCUGGCCGAGGUGCUGAGCUGGCAGUUUCAGAGCGUGGCAGAGAGGGGGCUGAGCCAAGACCACCUCCUCAUGCUGGCUGAGAAGCUCUUUGGCUCGAAGGCAUCUCUAGAGAGCGCCGUGGUGACCUGGCCCAAGUUCUCCAAGGACGGCGCCGCCGGCUUCUCCUUCUGGGCUUGGCUGGACGGGAUCCUGGGGCUGCUCCAGGAGCACCUCAAGCAGCUCUGGAAGGAUGGACUCAUCCUGGGCUUCGUGAGCCGGAAACAAGAGAGGAAACUGCUGAAGUCGAAGAAAACGGGGACGUUCCUGAUCCGGUUCAGCGAGAGCGUCCUGGGGGGGGUCACCUGCACCUGGGUGGAGCAUCCUGAGAGCGGAUCCCCCACUUUCCAUUCGGUGGAUCCGUACACGGCGGCCGAGCUGGCGUCCCUGGCCCUGCCCGACAUCAUCCGUGACUACCAGAUGAUGAUGGAGGAGAACGUUCCCGAGAACCCCCUCCAGUUCCUGUACCCCAACAUCGCCCGAGACAAGGCCUUCGGGCCCUACUACAGCCAGCGGCAGGAGGGGAACCUGGCAGAGCCAGAGAAGUACCUGAACCGGCGCCUCAUCCGUGUGUCCUCCAGGCAGGCAAAUAAGUCGUGGCAGACGGAAGAGGAGCUGGUGGUUGCCACCGAAAACCUGGAGACGCUGCAGCUGCAGCCUGGGGGACAG